AUGAAUUUAAUUCGAAAAUCUUCUUUGCUGCAAAACUGGACUGUCAGGCGUUUAUGUAGUAGUCAAAUACCAAAAAAUAUGCUUCCAGAGGGAACAAACGGAAACUAUCAAGACGAAAACGGUGCCGUAUAUGAUAAGAAACCAUUUAAAAUGCAUUUGGUUGCCGACAAAGUGUUUGUUUGGUGUCUUUGCGGUAAAUCACAUGGUCAACCACUAUGUGAUGGAACUCAUAGAAUGGUACACUUCAAGAUCAAACAGAAACCGAUAAAGUUUAAAGUGGAAAAGACUGGAGAUUAUUAUUUGUGCAACUGUAAACAAACCAAGAACAGGCCAUUUUGUGAUGGAACUCAUAAAACCUUAACAUGA